GUCGCGCGGCUGUGACGCACUCAGAGCGCGCCGGCCGCGGCUAUGCCGGAGCAGAGCCGGCCGCGCCGGGCGAGGCGGGGUCUCGCGGCAGUGACGCACUCAGAGCGCGCCGGUGGCGGCGGCGGCGGCUGGGGAGAGCUCUCCGGGCCGGGGCCUGGGGCGGGGGCGGGGCGAGCCCACGUGACCCCGGCGCCGGGAUGCUCUUGGGGACCCUGCGGCCGGUGACGGAGCCGGGCCCUGGGACGAGCAUCGGGGCGCGUCGCGAGCGGGGCCGGAAGCUUUGUGUCCAGGUCCCAUAAUGCCACAGAACAAUGAAAGGCCAGCGAAGAGCUCUACUCAGCAAAAGAGGCCCCUUGCCAGCCUUCUCAGAGAAGUGGACGGCCGGGUUUGUGGGCCUUAAGAAGUUCUGCCUUUUACACGCCAAGCAAGAGACCCGGAGCACCUGGCACAGGCUGUACCGGUCCCUUCAGCGUCGGAGGAAGGCACUGCGGCUCCAGAGGAAGAGGGCCCAGAAAACAGUCCUGGCUGCCAGGGCCUGUGCCGCUCUGGCUGCUCCGCAUGGCCACGCUGUCCCUGGCACCGCGAAAAGAAAGGGCACCGUGAGCCCCCACAUCCGGGGGCACCUCAUUGGAAGCCUGCCGGGAUCCGUUGAGAACUCUGCCCAGGAAUGCCAGCCAGAGAAGGAGCUCCAGAAGGCAGCAGCUGGCUUGCCAGUAGGCAGUGUGUUGGGUCAGGCCAAUGGUUGUAGACAGAGGACCGACCACCAGGAUCCUGGUGGGCUUAGGAUAGCCAGUGGGGAGGGCCAGGUGGAGAGCAGCCCCACCUUCAUCACCUUGAGGAACCAUAAGGGAAAUGGUUGUUACUGUAGCUGCUACCAAGGGCUGGACCCAAACAGAAUGGAGCCAGAGCAGCCAUCCCUAAUUCUGGGAAGGCCCCAGUUCAGCCACCGUCGGGGGAAAAGGAUAUCACUGCUUCGGGUGUAUAAGAAACUGUCCAUGAUUAGGUUUCGGUACCGGAUCCUGAGAUCCCCACGGUUUAAAUCAAGGAGCAGAGCAUGUAAGCUUCGGAAAGGCCGGCAGCAGGGCUGGGUGCAGAAGGUCGCCAGGGACCGUCGGGACAAGCGCCAGGAAGGCUGCGAGGGGGGUGCUUGUAGCUCAUUCCCUCACUCAGGACCCAAUAGCCCCUCUCACCUCCCUCAGCCUCCCUUCCCAGAUAUGGACUGCAGUGCCCCAGGGCCUGCCGCAAAGGGAAAGAACUCAAGUAUACCCAACGGCCCCGCCAGAGGAAACCCCGGGUCGGGCCCAGAGCCUUGUGGGGGGGAGACCCUCCCCAGUCAGCAGAAUGGCAGCAUUGCCCGUGGUUGGGACCCAUCCCGCUUCACCGGACUGUCCAGUGAGAGCCUCUCGCCGGAGCCACACACCAGGGACCUUUUCAUAUCAGAAACUGAACCAGAAACCAUAACCGUGGGGCAGGAUGAUCAGGCAAGGGCCGUUGGGGGUGACAAGAUGAAGCUGCCUCUGCCUGUGCAGCCUGAGAAGGCAGCAAGUGGUAAUGAGGUCCCCGGGGAGGAGCCUGCAUCCACAAAGACUGUGCAGACGGGGAGUCCGUGCCAGAUGGAGCCUGAGGCUCCCCGCCCCCGGAACGUCUUUAGUGCCAAGUUACUGGACCACCCGUACUGUAAAAACCCCCUGGAGGCCCCCUCACAACAAACCGGACUCAAAGGGGGCCGGCAAGUGGGAAGUGGAAAGAGUGGUCAGAAAGUAUCGCCUGUGAAGGAUGAAGAGCUGUCCUCCUGCCUCUGUGGAUUCCUGGAUGAGGUGAUGAAGAAGUAUGGCAGCUUGGUCCCCCUCUGUGAAAAAGAUGUUCUUGGAAGGCUGAAAGAGGUCUUUAAUGAAGACUUUUCCAAUAGAAAGCCAUUUAUCAAUCGGGAAAUCACAAACUACCGGGCCAGGCAUCCCAAAUCUUCCAGUUGCAACUUCCGGGUGUUCUACAACAGGCACAUGCUGGACAUGGACGACCUGGCAACACUGGACGGUCAGAACUGGCUGAAUGACCAGGUAAUCAAUAUGUAUGGUGAGCUGAUAAUGGACGCUGUUCCAGACAAGGUUCACUUCUUCAACAGCUUUUUCCAUAGACAGCUGGUAACCAAAGGAUACAAUGGAGUGAAAAGGUGGACCAAAAAGGUGGAUUUGUUCAAAAAGAGCCUUCUCUUGAUUCCCAUUCACCUGGAGGUCCACUGGUCUCUCAUUACUGUGACCCUCUCAAAUCGAAUUAUUUCCUUUUAUGACUCCCAAGGCAUCCAUUUUAAGUUUUGUGUAGAGAAUAUAAGAAAGUAUUUGCUGACUGAAGCAAGAGAAAAAAAUCGACCCGAGUUUCUUCAGGGUUGGCAGACAGCUGUUACAAAGUGCAUUCCACAACAGAAAAACGACAGUGACUGUGGAGUCUUUGUGCUCCAGUACUGCAAGUGCCUGGCCUUUGAGCGGCCCUUCCAGUUCUCCCAAGAAGACAUGCCGCGCGUUCGGAGAAGGAUUUACAAGGAGCUGUGCGAGCGCCGGCUCUUGGACUGACUCGGGGUAGCGCCGCGGCCGGCCAGGCCCAGCUGACGGAGGCGCCAUGUUCCCCGGACCUCUGACCACUUCCUCAUGUUCCCAGAUGUCUCAGACCGGUGGUGUCCCACCAUUCAGCUUACCUCAACUUGGUUUUUCUCCCCUGACUUGUUUCUUCAGCUACCAUGUCAUAUUUCUUAAUGUCCAGUUUUGUUCCUUUCUAAUUUGUGGAUUUCUUUCUUGUAUUUAAUAUUUAUUAUAUGCACGCAUGCACAUAGACCAGGCAUGCAGUACAGAAUAUUAAAAACAAAAACAAACUUGUAGACUGGGUGCACCUUUUAAAUGUAGCUAGAAUGAAAUGAGCCCAGAUUUAAUAGGUAGGCUCAGAACCUAAAGAUGCAGGAUCUGUUUUCAAAUUCAGUCCAGGUGAGACCAUGCAGCUUCCCCAGGGUCCUAGAGGAGACCAGCCAGGACCAUUUCUGACACAGUCCUGAGCGAAGACCCUGGUGUUACUGGCACUCUUCUUCCUCCCUCGUCUUGUCUGAGGCUUUGAGGCCCCUCACUUGGGAAGGUGGGGAUGGAAACCCCAGGAAGGAACUGGGAGUAGGCCCACCCAUGAGGCUUCCUUAACGUAGCUGAGACCUUGUGUUAAAUUGAGCCAAAUGUUGGGCUCUUUUGUUUCUUACUGAGAGUUUGUUACUGCAUAGAUGUUACUGUAUGUGCCCUCAUCCCCUUUGUGGUAAAAACGAGGCUUCAGACACUGGAAUGACGAGACGAUGGGAUGGAUGUGAUGCUGCCCUGGCAGCGGGCAUCGUUGCAAGCCAAUGCCCAGGGGCACACUUGGGAUGGGAGGCAGUAUUGUGAAUGUGAGAGGUGUUUAAAUCAAGAAAAAUUGUGUUCAGAGAUGCCUUUUGUGCUUAAAUGGCUGAGACUUCUGGGCAAGAGGCUCAUGUGGCAGCUGAACUAAUUCCCUGGUCAUUUUUUUCUCUGUCCCUUUUUUGCAUUCCAUUUUCACAUUUGAAAAGCAGACCUGUUUGUAACAAGCCCGGUCAGGUGGGGAUUCUUUGCCAGUCAGUCCUCUAUGAGUUGCCCUCUGCCUUACGUUCGUUGCCUGGUAUGUCUCCGUAGAGAUGGAGAUGGUGAAUGAAGAUCAUUGUAUAUCUUUGCACUUCAGAAGUGCCGUGAUACUUGUUUAUGCUUGAACAUAAAUUCAUUCCUGGUUUGUUGGUUUGUUGGUUUGUUUUAAAGAAAGGAUCUCCUGGUACGUACGUGUCUAGUAAUUGAAUGGCAGGAUUUUUGCUUUUCAUAUUACAACACUAUGAUGGCCUUGAGAAGACCUGGCCUGAGGAGGGAGGGGUGUGGAGUACGUAACUUGGGUUUUCCUUUUUGUUUCUUGGCCCUGUUCAGACCUGUCAAGGCGGACCGGUCCUCGUAGGCAGGCAGCUCCAUUUCUGGGCUCUCUCAUUCAUUCCCCUGCCCUGUUAGGUAACCUUUCCCUGCUCUGACUCCCUCUACCUCAGCAUUCUUGGGGGUGUCAAGUACAAAGAGAGAUGAACCCAGCUUUGGAUGUGGAGAAAAGCAGAUCUUGCAUCUUCAGUCUGGCUCUUUGUAACGUGUCUUUACGUGAAAAGGGAGAAUAAUUAGAUGCAUGUUAACCUAUUGAGCUGUCUGUUUUGAAAGGUUAAAACAAGUCCAGUGUGUGUGUAUAGAUACCCAGAAGUUUGUAUAGAAAAGUGCUAAGUAAAUUCCAGAUUAUACUUGAAUUCAUGCCCCAGGUGUGCAUCGGGUGUUGAAAAUGAACAAAAUAAUGCAGUUUAACAUCCCCACAAGGUGCACCUGAAGGGGUGGGGGGAGCCAAAGCAGUCUCUCCUAACAGCUUAUACCCAGGGCUGCCAUGGACCAGGGGCACUUGUCCCUAGCACCAUCACCCCAGUGGUUUACAUUGGAAUCUGUUCCAUCUCCAGUCGGGUCUUGUCCCAGGAAAGAUCCCACGUCAGCAGAGUGUGGGGCAUGGGCCUGGUAGAGAGAGCCUCGUGGGUGCUGCCAGGCUGCAAGGAGGGUGAUGUCAGCAUCAGGAAAAGAAGGACAUUUUAUUAAUCAGUGUAACAAAUUGUGCUGAGUCAAUCUUGGUUUGCCUUCCAGCCUCCCCCGUGUGUUUGCCCCCCACUCUCAUAUCUACUUAUAGCUUUUCAGCACUCACAACAGUUUCUGUGGGGAAGGUUUUGCUCUCAUACCCCAAGCCUCUUUGUUGGCUAAACCAAAGCAUGACCAUUGGAUAGUCCAGAAGGCCUAUUUUACCCUCCAACCCAGAGCCCUCCAAAAGCCUCCUCUACAGUUCCAGCCUUGAGAAGGGCAGUACAGAGCCAUUCUGGCAUGACUGGAGCAGAUGCCAGGCUGUUCUUGGCCAUUACGUGGGAAAUGCCCACCACACUGUUCACAAGGUGUGCCUUUAGGGAAAAUGAACUCGAAGACCCCAGUGACAGGGGACUCUACCAGGACAGAUGACUUUUUCUUUUCCACUAAGUAG